GCAACUACAACAACAUCAGAACGCUCGGAUCUCCUAAAUUUAUAAGAAAUUUAAUUAUUCAACCCGCCCGAACCGAGCCAAUCGAAUUAAAUUACCCAAAGUGUGCGACAGGGUUCGUAAAGCAAAACACUUGUGAGUGCUGGUGUCAACUUGCAUGUGAAGUUUUACAAUUUGCCGAAGAAGUGGACUGACUACUCACGUUAUACCCAAAAGGAAAAAAAAGCUCGCGGUGUGUAGUAAAUCGGCCUGGUUAUAAUUGGGUGGGUGUGUGUGUGUGGUGUGGUGUAGUACUAUUAUUCUGCAUACAAGUCGGUAGUGCAUCGUUUUGUAUGUUGCGGCAUUUUGAUGACGAAAUUAUUUUUGGAUAAGCGUUUGAUGAGAGAGGGGGCAUCUUCAUCAUUGGCACUAUUGGCAGAAUGGAAAGCGAGCGGUUGCGUAUCACGCUGGACAGUUCGGAUCGCGUCUAUUUCGCCGGCGACAUAAUUCGAGGCGAAAUCUGGAUGAAUCUUAGCAAGCGCACCAAAAUACGCGCAAUUAAAGUCCAGGUGACCGGCAAGGGAAAGUGCAAGUGGAUCGAGAUCCUCCGGAAGAACUCCAACAACAAUGAAUACUCGCGCAGUCUGUUCUACACCAGCAAAGAGGUGUAUGAGCACAGUGAGACGGCUCUGCCGGACUUCGAGCCUAGAGGCCUGGAGCUCUCGCCCGGGGAGCACACCUUCAUCUUCGAGGUGGCGCUUGGCAGGCAACUGCCCUCGAGCUUCAAGGGCAGUUACGGCGGGAUCAAGUACAAGAUGCGGGUACUCAUCCAGCGGCCGUGGACCUUCGACGAACGGCACACAAUUCCGUUUACGGUGGUGAAGUACAUGCCGUUGCGAGCAUCGCACCGCAGCGUGCCCAGUCCUCUGGAGAAGCAGGUGACCAAGACGAUCAGCUUGUUUGGCACCCGACCCAUAAGCCUGCUGGCCCUUUUGCCAGAGGACUUUGCUGUCCGAGGCGAGCCCCUAAGAAUCUGUGCCACCGUGAUAAACAACAGCACCACGGCCGUGGAGAAGUUGCGAUUCACUGUACUCCAGUAUGUCACCUAUUAUAGUCACGUGCCGCUCCGUGUGCAGAAGGUGGAGUGCAUUUCUGUGGCCAACAAGGAAACCGGCUCGGUGCAGAAGAAAAGCGAGCGCAGUUUCGCUCAUGAGCUGCUCCUGCCCGAGGGAACCCAGCCCACGGAUGAUCAAAUGAGUGGAGUUAUCACCAUCGUGUAUGAGCUGCGUGUGGAGGCUGUGCUGCGAGGAUUCUUUAAAAAUCUGGUGCUAAAUCUUCCCUUUAAGGUGUACUCACAGGACACCUCCAAUCGAGAGUCAGCCGUGCGUCCACCGCCACCACCGCGCCCAAAUGAUGGGCCUCCCGGUCCCGAUGUGGGCACUGGCAAUCCCUUCGAGCCCACGCUCCCCGUUUACCCGUCGCUGGACUCUUCGAUAGGCUCGCCGUCGCAUUCUUCGCAGUUUAGUGAAUGCAGCAGCAUCAACUCCAUCACCUCCGACUCCUCGGCGGCCACUUUGAGUCCGGCCGUGGGCGGUGGCGUGGGUGGUGUCGAGGUAUCCUACACUUCCGGCUCGCAGUCAUCGCAGUACGGCAGUCCUUCGGCCAGGACCAGUCUGCGCAGCUCCAACGUGCCCUACAUGCCCUACUCGUCCAGCCCCCUGAUGGUGCAGUCAUAUCCACCUCCUCACCUGCCCGCCUAUCCCCUGCCAGAGUCGCCCCAGUACUCUCUCCUUGCCCUGACACCGCCACCAAAUGCAGCACCAUCUCCUGCUACAGCCGGAGCAGGAUCAGGGGUCCCAGCAUACAGUCAGCUGCCAUCCACCUCAGGAUCGUCUUCGCUUCUGCAGUCCCGUCAGCCUCCAGGAGCGCAUGAGCUUCCUCCCUCCUAUGAGGAAUUGUUUGGAAUGGCCAAUGCUCCUCCGGAAACUCCCAAAUGAAGGGGAUUCAGAGUCCUUAUAAGAAGCCACCCAGUUACGUCCAAGCUUUGCCUAGACAUAGAGCUUCAGGUUUACUUUAGAGUGUUACUGAUACUGAUAACAGAAAGGUUCGAGAGCCACAAAUAUGCAAAUUGUGCACAAGUCAGCUUUUUUUGUUUAUUAACGAUUGCUUUUUAAAAAUCGUUAAAAGUUUAAUCGAACGGAUUUAUUGUGAUGAGGAUUUGUUUC